AUGGUCCUUGGUCCGCGAACCUGGUCCUUGGUCCGCGUCUCAGGUAAGCAGCACGAUAAAAACGUAAAAAUGUUAUAGUUUCCACACGAAAACAUGAUUUUCACAGUAUUUCUUGUAUUUUUUUCUUUUCUUGAUGCAAUUAAGCUAAAGUUUUUUUCGGAAGAUGUUGUGAGCAUAAAAUAAUCUGCUCUUCUUUCAAAGACUUCAGACAACAGUCUCCUCGAGUCUCCCACACGAGCGUCGACGAGCGGUUUUUAGCGUGGUCGAAAAUAAUUACCAAAAACUCUGUAUGUACUCGAGGUAUUAAAAAAGAGAACUUGUAGACAUGUAUAGGGACGACUUUCAAAACAUUCUUCGAAAACAAAGGCCGUCGCUUUUAACUUUGGGAAGUUUUAUUCAACCAAGGUCAUAGGACGCGGACCAAGGACCACUAAGGGACGGUUUAUUAUUUAUGAGGAUGACCGGAUUGGGAAAAAAAUAAUAGCUUUCCUCUUUCUUUCUAAAGCCCGCCCAAAAGGCAUUUUGUUUUUUCGUAGCCCGUUCAGUAUUUAGGGUCAAAUUUUUCAAAGCCCGUUCAAAUUGAACUGAGUACCUUGUGAAAAUCAUUCAAUGUUUAUUUACGACUAGAGCAACUAGUGCAUGUUCGGAUCAAGUACACAACUGUUCGCCGUUCGAGUCAGCAAACGGCUAUCAAAGGAGUUCAGCGAUUACAAACGAUAAUUUAUUAACAUCUGUGAAAAGUGCACGUUAACAAAUGCCAUCCAGCUUGAGGCAUUUCAUCGUUUGCCAAAUAAGUGAAAAAGUCCUAAAUAUAUCUUUGAACACGGAUAUAUAACCGUUCGUAUUAAAUGACUUGCAAGAGGCGUUUGGAGUUUUCCAACCUCUCCAAAGAGAACUUCUUGUGGAGUAACGUUUCCCUUGAAAGUUUUCGACAUUUUGUUAAAGGAAUAAGUUUCCACAAACAUGUUUUUAAACACGUUCGCGAGACGUUCACGAGGACAUUCAAAACUUUGUUCCAGGUCUCUGUUGCAGCAGCAAGACAUGGGAAGACUGGUAACUAAUGUCCACAGGGCAUGAAAAAAUGAAACGGAUUUAUACGAUUUAUAUUGUGGUGUUUCAUAUUAGGUUCUGUUAUAGCGCCCAAAUUAAUUUUUUUAAAAAGUCAACUGUUUGCAAACUCAAUCAAAACCAUAAAAUUCCUCUUCAUCUGAAUCGCUUUGGAAGACAAACCAUAUCUUUUCACUUUCAUCGAUGCUAUAACGUUCCCGUUCGCGUGAUGAAGUCGCGAUCGUGUCUUGGUCUGAGUCAGGCCCACUUAACAAUUCUGCAAGGACAAUAUCCUCCUCACUUUCAUCGUCCCCUGAGAUGUCAAUUUCCUCGUUGUCAUCUUCCGUUCCACAUUCCUUCGUCUCCUCGUCAGUAAACUCAUUCGUAUCUUCCUGUUGACCAUGGUUUCCGAGAAGCACAUGCAACGAGACUCUCCGUAUCUUUUCAGCUUUGGUGCCGCUGCAUACGAGUUUGUAAUGUUUAAGGUAUUUAUUCAGCUCAGAUUCAAGCAAUUUUUUAAAUCUCCAGACUCUACGAGAUCGCGCCAGGCAUAUUCUCCAAACGUUUUGGACAUCAUUUACGUUCAUUUUAUGCUUUUGUUCUGCGCGCCCCCUUGUUCUAAUGCCGCUUUGUAUUUUAAGAUCUUCUAAAUGGGCAAUGUAUGCCUUGAUCAAGUGCGGCUCCACGGCUAAUUUCUCCGAAAACUGCUGGAGCUCUUCUUCCGUUGUUAACAUGCCGUCACUAAACAUUUUCUUUAUGUUUGCAUGUGGCUGAAAAUCAUCGGGCACUCGAGGCUGCCCGUUUCCUGUGGUAGUUGGUGUGUCAUUGACCGAUUUAAAAUGGGUAGGAUUUUCAGGAUCUGGCACAGGCUGGGGAAUACGUUUCAUGGGCACUGGACUUGUCCAUCCUUUGUUAGAACAAAAUGAACAACGUUCAGUGAUGGCUGUAGAAUAGUCACCGUACAAGUACUCCAUAAAGAGCUCACCAAUUUUGUAAUGGGAAUCGAUGAAUCGUAGAAUUUUUUUAAUGUACGCACUUCCAGGGACACACGAUUUCUUAUUCUGAGUGGCAGAUUGGUAUUCCUUAAGAUUACUUUUGUUGAAAAAAAAGUUGUCAGCUUCAUUUUUUUCAGCAAGGAGAGCACUGUGGUGCGUGCAGAAAAAAUAUUUUCAAUUCAGUAGGAGUUGCAACUUGAGAUCCUCGAUCAAAACAUCUUGUUUUUUUGUGUACAGUCUGGCGGAGUCCAAAGAUUUAAUAUUCCAACCGUUGGAGUUCACUUUGAGUAAAAUCCUUGUACAUGCAUCAUUUGAAAUUCUAAUUUGAUUACAAGGUCUGAAAUGUCAAGGAAUAUAAACAACUAUAAAAGAGCAGCUCACAAAGUACAUUUGUGUCAUUCCAUGGCCUGUCAAAAUUCUCGAGUGUUCGAUCGCAAAACGCGAGCUUUUUCUUGCGG